UGGCCACCCUGAAAACUCCCUCUCUCGCCACACACACAAAACCCCUCCAAUUGCAGCAGCCUCCCUUGUCUUGUGCCUGUAUUCUACAAUGGCGGCUUCUCCUUCCGCCACUCGCGCCGCUUUCAUCAAACCCUCAUCGUUCAUCUCCUCCACUACCACUAACAAUAACAAAUCUUCAUUACCCGUUUCAAGAUCCAUUCUCCCCGUUUCUUAUACCCGCCAAAACCCCUCUCUCCACAUCACAAACUCUGUCCCCAAACCCUUCGCCACUUCAGCUUCCACCACAACCCCAACACCGACAACAACAAUCCCAUUAACAAAACUUCCUCCCAGAUUUUCGCCCGAUGAACCCCGCAAGGGUGCCGACAUCCUUGUUGAAGCUCUCGAACGCGAGGGUGUCACUGAUGUCUUCGCUUACCCUGGUGGGGCUUCAAUGGAGAUCCAUCAAGCUCUCACGCGCUCUAAUAUCAUUCGGAACGUUCUCCCUCGCCACGAGCAAGGUGGAGUCUUUGCUGCUGAGGGGUACGCGCGUUCCUCAGGAAAACCUGGAGUUUGUAUUGCCACGUCAGGACCCGGUGCCACCAAUUUAGUGAGCGGACUCGCUGACGCGCUUCUCGAUAGCGUUCCGGUGGUAGCAAUCACUGGCCAGGUGCCACGUAGGAUGAUCGGUACGGACGCGUUUCAAGAGACCCCAAUUGUGGAGGUAACUCGGUCUAUUACAAAACAUAAUUAUCUUGUGCUUGAUGUUGAUGACAUUCCUAGGAUUGUUAGUGAGGCAUUUUUCUUAGCAACCUCGGGUCGGCCCGGCCCGGUUUUGAUUGACGUACCCAAAGAUAUUCAACAACAGUUGGCGGUUCCUAAUUGGAACCAACAAAUUAGAUUGCCUGGUUAUACGUCUAGAUUGCCUAAAGACCCCAAUGAGGAACUGUUGGAGCAGAUUGUGAGGUUGGUAUCGGAGUCGCAGAAACCAGUGUUGUAUGUUGGUGGUGGGUGUUUGAAUUCUAGUGAGGAGUUAAGGAGGUUUGUUGAACUCACGGGGAUACCUGUAGCUAGUACUUUGAUGGGUCUGGGUUCAUAUCCUAGUUCUGACAAGUUAUCAUUGCAAAUGCUUGGAAUGCAUGGGACUGUUUAUGCUAAUUAUGCUGUAGAUAAAAGUGAUUUGUUGCUUGCAUUUGGGGUUAGGUUUGAUGACCGGGUGACAGGGAAGCUUGAGGCUUUUGCUGGCCGAGCCAAGAUUGUUCACAUUGAUAUUGAUUCAGCUGAGAUUGGCAAGAAUAAGCAGCCUCACUUGUCAGUCUGUGGAGAUGUGAAGUUGGCGUUAAAGGGAAUAAACAAGUUGUUGGAGAGUAAAGCUGGUAGUGUUAAGUUUGAUUUUUCGGCUUGGAGGGAGGAGCUUGAUGAGCAGAAAGCAAAAUACCCAUUGAGUUUUAAGACGUUUGAGGAAGCGAUUCCUCCACAGUAUGCAAUUCAGGUUCUUGAUGAGUUAACUGAUGGAAACGCAAUUAUUAGUACUGGUGUCGGGCAGCAUCAGAUGUGGGCUGCUCAGUUUUACAAGUAUAAGAGACCUCGCCAGUGGUUAACAUCUGGAGGACUAGGAGCUAUGGGUUUUGGAUUGCCUGCUGCUAUUGGAGCUGCUGUUGCAAACCCUGGUGCAGUUGUGGUAGAUAUUGAUGGUGAUGGGAGUUUUAUUAUGAAUGUCCAGGAACUGGCAACUAUCAAGGUAGAGAAUCUCCCCAUUAAGAUAAUGCUGUUGAAUAAUCAGCACUUGGGCAUGGUGGUGCAAUGGGAGGAUAGGUUUUACAAGGCAAACAGGGCUCAUACAUAUCUGGGAGAUCCAUCAAGAGAGUCAGAAAUAUUCCCAAAUAUGUUGAAGUUUGCAGAAGCCUGUUGAAUCCCUGCAGCACGUGUCACAAGGAAGGAAGAUCUUAGAGCUGCAAUUCAGACAAUGUUGGACACUCCUGGACCAUACCUUCUGGAUGUUAUUGUUCCCCAUCAAGAGCAUGUCCUUCCUAUGAUUCCCAGCGGUGGAGCCUUUAAAGAUGUGAUCACAGAAGGUGAUGGGAGAAGAAAGUAUUGAUCACAGAAGCGGCAAAUCUGUUUCUUUGGCAAUGUAUUAUGUUUUGAGGAAUUGUAGGCUUAGCAUGAGUGGCACUCUUUUCAUCUUGCAUGUUAGUAUUAAAGGACUAAUGUUUGUUUUAUGGACAAACUGGGCAAACUGUACUUGCUUCUCUAUAAUUAUUAGUUUGUUUAUGUAUCUAGUAGUUUGUUCUAUUUGUUUUUUUCUCUCCCA